AUGUCUUUUAUCAGAUUCAAAUCCACAGCUCGAAAGUAUGGCUGGAAGGACUCCCUAAAGCUCUGGUACAAUCACGUAAGCGACAGGCGCGUCGACAGAGCAUCCCACGACAAGUUGUUCAGCAUGGCCUUGCCCUACUACGACCGCGAAAUCGAUGGAGUUCGGGCCUCUACGGUAUUUACCCCGCUGAGCAGGAACUUGUCCAUUUCCGAGGUGCUCGUCCAGAACGCAGAAUCGAAGAAUCACGUAGUUAUGUUGCACGGCUAUGCCGCGUCGUCCGGAUGGUGGUUCAAAAAUAUAGACUCUCUCGCAAAGGCAGGGAACAAAAUUGUGCAUGCAUUGGAUCUUCCUGGGUUUGGGCUCUCCAGCCGCCACGGACCGUCCUUCCCUGAUAAUAGAACGCGGCUUCAGAUCAUCUUUGACGAAUCAAAAGUCCAGCAUUUGAAACAUCUGCAUAGAUCGUUGUAUGUUCCAGAGAGUUUCACUCUGAAAGAAAGAAACCUUAAAAACUAUCUGAAAAACCAGCACUCUGUGGUAGAACAUGUGGUGAAUUUUUACGUCGAAGCAAUAGAAGAAUGGAGACGCAACAAUAGCAUACCCCAAUUCGAUCUCGUGGCUCACUCCCUAGGUGGCUACCUUGGAGUCGCCUACUGCAUCAAGUAUCCAGCGGCCGUGCGAAGGCUGGUUUUAGCUAGUCCUGGAGGUGUGGAAAGAUCACCGUUCGCCAUAACCAACCCGGCUUACAGGAACAUAACCGGCGAUAUCACGAUGGCCUGCUCGUACUCGCCGGCCGAUUACUCCUUUCUCGGCCGCUAUCCCUCCAUCAAGCCUGGAUUCCAGGCCCUGUGGUAUAUGAGAAUGCCAACGUUUUUACUAUUGAGGCUGCUGGGUCCUGUGGCUGUGCGGCUUUUAAUGAGCCGGAACAUCGAAAAAUUCACGAGAUCAAAAAAUUUCUCCGACGCAGCAGAGUUGGACGCGUUCGCCAGGUACGUCUACCACACAAACGUGGCUGCGUCGGUGUCGGAGACAGCCAUCAUGCGCAUUUUCGACUCUAGCACCAUGGCCAAGGUACCAAUAUUGGACAGGCUGGAAAAUUUAAAAACAAAAAGCUUGUGGAUCUACGGCCAGCACGAUUUUAUGUUUUCGGACGCUGGUCGUGCUGCUGUCAAUUCCUUGAAUAAGAUGCAGGGGACGUCGGCCGAAAUGAAAAUCGUUAAUGGUGGAGGUCACAAUAUGUAUCUCGAUAAACCUGCUGAGUUCAAUAGGCUGGUGGUGGAUUUCCUAAAGUGA